CUCUCUCAGGCUGCUGGGCAAAAGGCUCCGCAGCCCCACAACACCGAGAGGCUGCUGCAGAGAGAGCCUGGGACCGAGCUCCAACUUGAACGCUGGCAGGCAGCCGAGGUCUGCAACGUCGUAGCGGCUUAUUCCUUAAAGUUGCCCUAGCCCGCGCCUUGGGGAAAGCUGUGCUAGCGCUGCCUGCGAGUAGGAGAUCGUGAAGCGGGCUGGAUUGCCUUCCGUUACUCUGAGGUGCACAAACAGAACAAGAACAUAAGAAGGAGAUAGAGAAGUUUGAAAAUUCCUUUUCCCAGGGAAGAAAAAGGAAAGAUUCAAAUUAUCACCAAGAGGCAGAAGGGCAAUGCACUAUUGCUGACACUUGCUGAUGUAGAGCCUCCCUGUUCAAUCCAUGUUCGCAUCAGUUGGACUUGAGGAAAAAAUAAAUAUUUAACUUGAAAAUCCAAAUUAUCAAGCCCCCCAAGAUUAAGGAUCAAUUGGACUGUGCACAAACAUGGAAGGGGAUUGUUUGAGCUGCAUGAAAUAUCUGAUGUUUGUCUUCAAUUUCUUCAUAUUUCUAGGUGGUACCUGUAUCCUGGGAGUUGGAAUCUGGGUCAUAGUUGAUCCCACAGGAUUUCGAGAGAUUGUGGCUACCAACCCUUUGCUCUUUACUGGAGCAUAUAUCAUGGUGGCUAUGGGAACUAUGCUCUUCUUGCUGGGAUUCCUUGGUUGCUGUGGAGCGAUCCGUGAGAACAAAUGUCUUCUCCUUUUUUUCUUCAUGUUUAUUUUGCUAAUCUUCCUGGCAGAACUCUCGGCUGCAAUCUUGGCAUUUAUCUUUAGAGAAAAUCUGACCAGAGAGUUUUUUACCAAGGAACUGAAAAAGCAUUAUCAGGGGAACAAUGAAUCAGAUGUCUUUUCUUCCACCUGGAACUCAGUCAUGAUCACAUUUGGCUGCUGUGGUGUCAAUGGCCCAGAAGAUUUUGAGGCACCCUCUCAUUCCAUUCUUCUGGAUUCCCAUCCUGCUGUUCCUGAAGCUUGUUGUAAACGGGAGCUGCAGUCUCGCGAUGGAGCAUUCAUCAAUAAAGAAGAAUGUUUGAAAGGAAAGGAAGUCUAUCAGAACCAACAGGGUUGUUACACUGUGAUCCUGAAUUCCCUUGAAACCUAUGUAUAUCUUGCAGGAGCUCUUGCCAUUGGUGUUUUAGCCAUUGAGCUGUUUGCUAUGAUCUUUGCUAUGUGCCUCUUUCGGGGGAUCCAGUAGGAAGUGUUUCAUGAGCCACAAAUGAUUUUUCAAAGACUUGCUUUGAAGAAGGAAAAGAAAAAAGAUAAACUUUUAUUUUUUGGUUAGCAAACUGAAAAAGGAGGGAAAGGACUGUAAUAUAUUAAUGAUCAAAAGGAUUGUACUUCAGGGGCUGGAACUUUGAGGUGCUGUCUAGUUCCUUGCCAUCUCCAUGAGGAGUCAUUCAUCUGAAGCCACUAAAAUGGAUUGCACUAAAGGCCUGCAAGUCAGGAUGGAAAAUGAACUUUAAUAAUAUCCAGGAUGUUGUCUGGAACACACAUCUCUCGUACAAUAAUAAUCCAUUGAUUGAGGAAGAUAAAGAAGACGACUACCUACUUUAAACGAGAUCUUCAUUUAAAAUACUAACAUUGUCAUCCAAAGCAUUGAGAUGUAUACAGAUUACUUCAGUUUUAAGCUAAGAGGGGGAAAUGUAUUGGCAAUUGACUUGCAAGCGUUCUACCAAGAUGAAUAGUUUUCCAUCUCUUGUCUGAUCCAGAAGAUUCAAGCAUUCCUGAAUGCUUGGAAUGGAGAAUGCCCUCUCCAAGAACCUAGAGGAUGGGUUGUGUGUAUCAGAUCUAAUGGUGAAAAGUAGGGUAAGCUGAAAUCAGUGCAUACCAUUUUAGUGCAUACCAUUGAAUUUUCUGAUCAGUGUUACGUGAGAACAAAGACUAAAGCAGCUCAGCUGCUGGUUCCCUCACCUUAAAAGGAAAAAAAAAGUAUGUUCUUGUCUAGAAUUGUUGGUGCUGUCUCCCCUAAGGAGAUGUAUCUGUUUGGGGUUUUUUAGGCUUUUGAAUGUCUUGUCACCAUCAUGCUCUGUGAAAAAUACAUUGCCAAGUUUGGCCUUCAUAGCAAUUGAUUAGAUUGGUGUCUUGUCCCCCAUGUGCCUUUCAACUGUGUUAAAAAUAAUCCCCAACACAACAAGCAUGGAAAGCAGUGAGGCACUUUUGCAGUUGCCUUUUGAAAAAAUUAAUUUGUAAGUUUUGUGGCUGUUGCUUCUGACCUAGGCAUUCUUAGCUUAAAAAAAACAACAUACUCUGAUUUUUUUUUUCCUUUCAUUUUGAACUGUUGCCAAGUUCUAGCUUCAGUGGUCUUUUAUCCGCUAAGCAAACACAGACAAUAAGCCCAAGAGGCAGAACUGAAGUUCCAAGACAUAUAAGCAGUGAUGUGUAAAACAUUUGAAGUAUGAAGAAGUUUGAGCUUGAAACUUUCCAUUUCAAGUUUUAAAUAGUUUCUUCUUGUCUGAAAUGGGUUUCCCUGACUACUCCAGAAGAGUCAAAGUGCCCCAAAACACUUGUUUCAAACUGGUAAUAUUUUGUUUGUCCUUAAAUCCAAGCUAAAUUCGUUGCCUAGGAUUCUGAUGAAUACGUAAUUUAGAGUGAAGUUGCAUUAUUACUGAAUGGUGGACAAAGUUGUAAACUGGCAAAAUAAUGUGAUAUGACAUUUUUUAAAAAGAUGGCAACCUACUAUUAAAAGUAUGAACAAGAUGUGGUGACAUUGGAUGCCAAAGAUAAGAUAUUGAGAAUCCCUGUUGAAAGCAAUAACUACAGGGUGUUCAUCUAUAAGUAAUAAUCCCCAGAGGUAUAUAGCUUUGGGGGGAGAAACCCCUAGCAAUUAUUAUUUGAUAUGAGAUGAAAACAUGCUAGAACAAUCAUAGUUUUGAUGACUGUUUGGUUAAUUAACAUAUAAGUUAAGUCUCAGUGCAAUCUUUGACAAUUUCCCUAACAUGGUUUCAGUGUUAUUUCAUUCAGUUCUGUGCAUUUAGAAUUCACAAUGGCUUCCAAACAUAACAAAGACAUGUUUGCAGGAUCUGCAGAAGAACUCUGUUAAUUGGACUCAUCUAGAGAUAAUGGCCUACAUCUCCCACAAUACAUGAAUUUGGGGGGGCAGAAUUCUAUUUGAACAAAAUCUCAGGAUGUAAGCAGAGAGACAUAAAAAGGGGUGUGUGAUUUAGUAACUUACUAUUGGCUGCUGUGAUGGGGCAGAUUCAGCCAUUGAGUUGCAGGUGAUCGGUGGCUGUUUAAUUCCAAUUACACUUAGCCUAAGCCAGCAGGAAGCACAUUAAGUGUGCUAUUAAUUUUUAUACAGAAAUCUCCAAAGUUUCAAUACAUUUACCAAGCUAUUUCAAGGAAUUUGCCCUGAGAUAUGUUCUCCAUCUUUCCCCACUUCCUCCAAAAGAUACUCAUACCCUGAAAAAUGAAACUAAUUAAGUGACAGAUGGGACAGGUGAUGGCAGAACUAAGACAAGUCUGAUAUAGUUUCCUGAUAUUCCCUUUCUGUUUCAGAAUCUCAGUGCCUAUGUGUCUUUGCUCUAGCUUACCUGGUGGUUUUCCAAUUUCUGACUCAUUCUGCUAUCUCCAUUUGCUCUCCAAUUUGAACAUCUUUCUGGUUUCAUCUGCCCUUUCCUUUACUUCAGCACAGGCACUCUUGAUAAUCCCAAAGAAAAUCCUAAAGCAGGAGUCUUUAAACUUGGCCCUUUUAUGACUUGUGGACUUCAACUCCCAGAAUUCCUCAGCCAGGCACGCUGGUCACAAAAGGGCCAAGUUUGAAGACCCCUGUCCUAUAAAAUGACACAAAAUUGUAUGGUAAUUAAGUCUAACCUACUGUUUAGUAAUAGAAACUGUCUAACUUCUGCUUAAGCAAUCCCAGUGAAAGGGAGGCCAUUAUUUCCUUUGCAGAGAAAAGGGGAUCAGUUGUUUUACAAAAUAAUGGGAAUUAAUUUGCUGGCUUCAAAGAUACCUGUCAUAAACAUAUGUCACCUGCUGCAAAACCACACUAAUGGAGAGAAGGAGAUGUCUGAGAGAAGAAAGAAAUGUAUUUGUAUAAGAGAAGUAUUGAAAGUAACACUAUUAGGUUUGACCAAGUGUGCAGUCAGAAAAACUUAAUUAGGAUUUUUGUGCUGUCAGAUUUGCAAAAUUCAUUUUAGAAUAGUUAAGGAUUGCAAGCCUGAUUUCCUGUGCUCUGUUUAUUUGUGGUUAGCCUGCAACCAUUGAGACUAAAUAUCAUUUAUUUGGUUUAGGCUUAGCAGAUCAGAUUAAACUGAGCCAUUUUGGUUCAUAAAUCUUGGGGUAUUGUGGGAACCCAGUGAAAUAUAGAUUUGUGCUUCAACAAUCCAUAACUUGGCAUGACAAAUGAACCAAUCCUUCCAAUAAAUUCCAAAUGGCAUCAUCUCUCUUCCUGAUGUGGAAAAAGAUUAAAGGGCAAUUUCUAUUCCAAAUGAACUCGUGCCUCAGCUGAUCAUCCCUUUGUCGCUAAUCUUUUUAGGAAGAAGGGAUCACCCAUAACAUGUUCUUCUACACAAGCUUAAGUGAAAUGGAUGUAUGUGGCUAAAGCUCUACAUAGAGUGUAUGCUUCAAAUGGAGCUUGUCCAGAAGAACUUGGGUCAGGGCUGUCUCCUUCUUAUGUUUGUGUUUGUGACUCUAGAUCCACCCAGUAGUUCUCACUCUCUGUGGUUGUCACUGUUGCAAGUGCCUGGGGAGCAGGUCACUUAUAAAUUAAAUGUUGAGAUCUAUUUUAAAUGUUCCUUUUAUUAGAAGGCUAGAGCUAAUUUAACUUGUAUUCCUUAUUGUAAUGCUUUUUAUAUUGAAAGGGAUUUUUGUAACAUAAAAAUAGGAUGCUAUUCUGAAGCAUUUGCACAGUUUCUGUGUGCAUUUCUUAAAAAAUGAAAGACAAAAAUAAAGACACUGUGACAACAAAGCUUUACUUUCCACAAUUCAUGGGUUCUGUGUUUUUCUUUUUGAAAUAGACAUGUAAUAGCCUUUUCCUAAGGAAAAAAAUAGUUACAGUCCAAAUAGUAGAACUUGUUAUUUUGAGUUGAAAAUAGAGAACAAUUAAACAGUGUCCUGUUCAGAAUUAUGAAAUCCAAUAUAAUCAAGUUUUUGGAGUUAACCUUGGGUUUUGCACUUACUCUUCAGAGAUCACACAAAAUGUUGUUUGACUUUUUUCACGUUCACCAUUAAAGCCUGCAGGAAGCCAACAUAUACAAGGUACAUUGAAGACAUUUUUGAAUACACAAUUGUUUUUAGGUUGUCAAGGUCAUUUGAAUAAUGUUGGCACAAGAUGGAGUUUAUCUUAAAGGCUCAAAGGUACAUGUUCUCCAAUCACAAUUGACCUUUUUAUAUAUUUAUGCUUAAAGUGAGGAUAUUAAAUAUUGAUCUCUUGGGAUUACAUAUGAAUGCAUCAAUAAACAAAGGUUAUUUGCCCAAACCUUUUGGGAAAAAAUGGCUGCAAAAUACAAUAGUUUACUUAAGCAUAUAAACCAAUAAGCAUAUGAAUAUAGCCAUACCCAGCACAAUAUUCUAUUUCAGGGCAACUAACAGUAUGUAAAGUACAGAAAAGGAAGAAGAAAUAGUAAACCAAAGAAGUGAAAAGACAACAUGAACAAGAAAAGGAAUAUAGCCAAAUGUACACCAACACUAUUCAAUAUUCCUCUCUGUACAUUUUUUGCUUUGCAAACCAUCUUUUAUUUACUAUAUUUAUACACUAUACCACUUCAUAUUUUGUCUUUUGCUCCUCAAACUUACCAUCUCUUUAUUUUUCAGGAAGUCAUCACUUUUCUCAAACAAUGUCUUUCUUUGUCUUCCCCUUCUUUAUCCAACCUGUUUGGGAUCUUGGCCAUCUGUGUGCAAAAGUCUAUGCACAUUUAUCUCCUAAAUUAACACAGUUCUAAUAUUGCCAUAUACCGUAUAUGCCGGCGUAUAAGGCGACUUCCGCGAGCGCUAAAAUUGGCGCCAAAGACGGGGGUCGUCUUAUACGCCGAGUCAUCUUAUAUGCUGGAAAUACUGGUAGUUUCCGGCGUAUAAGAUGACGUUCUAGGAAUGCGGCUUGGCGAUAAAGACGGGGGUCAUCUUAUACGCCGGGUCACUUUGUACGCCGGCAUAUACGGUACAUCCCUUGUACAUUUUUAUGCAUAAUACAUUAAAAAAAGGAACAGCACAGACCUAGAACUUACUAUUUGAUUAAUGUUGAACCCUUCACUGGUAUCUCAUUUAAUUUUUAUACUUGCUUUUCUCACAUCAUAGAGUGGUCCUCCCACUUUCAGGAAGCAAGCUUUCACUCUGUACUUAUUCCAUAAUUAAGACUCUUGCCUGUAUCAGGGAAUUUGGGAUAUUGGGAAUGCUUUCUAUAAAUCAACAACCAUGCAAUAAAUUCUUUUUUGCACAUUGAUACUUUCCCCAGUGAAUAAUAAAACUCAGGUCUGUUUAUUCCCUGCAUAGUAUGAAGUUAUAUUACGCUUCUCAAAUUUUAUUCAACAACGCUUCUUCUUUCAGUCAGAAUUCUGCCUCUUUUCUUGGCAUAUUUAAUAAACUGAUGCUCCUGGAGGGCUUUUUGCAUUCCCCUUUGUUAUCUCUCCCUUAGUAUAGGAGAAAAAUAAACAAAAUUCUUGCAAUUGCCAAGAAUAGAUACAGACUCUGCCCAAGGCACAGGGCACAGCCUUGCACAGCUGUGCUCCUCAAAAAAUUACUUCCAUGUUUUAAUAAUUUUCUAGUUGCAGAUAGGGAGAGAGAUUUUUUCUGCUUUAGACUAGAUACACCUUAGAAUAGAACAGAAUCUUUUUUUCAACAUUCUCUUGUUUAGAACUUUCUUUUCAUCGAUAUUUUUUUCGACAUUAAUAUUUAUAGCUCUUCAUUGUGGAUAUAUCUACACUGACUGCAUUAAGCUAAUUUUAUAUAUUUUAAGCAUGAUACCCCAUUUUGGGGUUGAUUGACUAAAGCCAUAGUAAGAUGUUCAUUUAAACAGCAUGUUUUUCAAUCCCACUCUUGACUACAUCAUGGCAUAUUCCCUUGCAAAUCCCUGAAAUCUUUUUUUCAGUAUUCCCUCAUUCCUAUUCCAAAACCCUAUUGUGGUAAGGUCACAAGUACCUGUGAAAUUGAACAGGUGAAAUGGAAUUUCUCCUCUGUGUAAUUAGUAAUUUUUCCUUUCUUUCUUAAAAAUACUACAAGAGUACCAACUUUUAGAGGAGUUCUGGGGGAUCAAUGAAUCCAUGUAAUGCUUUUAGGAACUGCUGAAGUAGUUUAAUAUCCAGCCUGUAUUAAGUAGCUCCUGAAAGCAUUGUGCUUUAACAGAAUUGGAGAGGACCUUGGAGGUCUUCUAGUCCAACCCCUGCUCAAGCAGUAAACCCUACACCAUUUCAGACAAAUGGUUGUCCAAUCUCUUCUUAAAAACCUCCAGUGUUGGAGCACCCACGUCUAGUGUUUCUCAACUUUGGGAACUUUUAAGAAGUGUAGACUUCACCUCCCAGAAUUCUCCAGCCAGCAUGGAUUCAGAUACUACAUUUCUCAACCGUGGUAACUUUUAAGGUAUGUCGACUUCAACUCCCCAGCAAUCUGGCUGGGAAAUUCUGGGAGUUGAAGUCACACAUUCUAUAGUUGCUAAGUUUGAGAAACACUGCUACAUCAGCUGAAGAGCCAGGAGAGGGAUUCACAUGAUAUGCUAAGCUAAGGGUAUAGAAUGUCGUAUGAAGCCAACCUACUUGGGGGAACAAUCAAUAUGAGACAACCCUCCUCCCCAAAACCCAGUUAAUCUGGGCUGUUUUAAUAAUAAUAAUAAUAUAAUAAUAGUAAAGUUGGAAGGGACCUUGGAGGUCAUCUAGUCCAACCCCCUGCUCAGGCAGGAAACCUUACACCAUUUCAGACAAAUGGCUGUCCAGUCUCUUCUUAAAAACUUCCAGUGUUGGAGCAUUUACUGCUUCUGGAGGCAGGUUGUUCCAUUGAUUAAUUGUUCUCACUGUCAGGAAGUUUCUCCUAGUUUUUUGUGUGAAGGAUGCCUACUAUCACCCUUCCAAGUAAUUAUCUUUCACAACCUUGAUACCUCCGAUUCCCAAAAAAUGAAGCGCCUUUUAUUCAUCUUCCUGAUGUCUCAUAGGUCCAAAAGUGCUGUGGCAUAUGGCAUUGCAUUGUGGUUUCAUCUGACUGAAAUCAUAUCUGAACAAUGUUCAUUUUUUUUUUAAAUAGCACAAAAAUUGUAACAGCAAACAGUAACAGUAAAAAUUUGUAAGAUGACAGUGUUGAAACUGAGGAGCUUGCCACCUGAUGGGACUUGAGGGAAUGCAUUUCUAUUGCUGACCCUAUUCUUUGGAAUGGCCUCCUGGUUGCACCUCAAAGUGCUUCAUACAUCUCGUUCUUUAGGACAGGGGUCUCCAACCUUGGCAACUUUAAAACUUGUGGACUUCAACUCCCAGAAUUGCUCAGCCAGCUUUGCUGGCUGAGGAAUUCUGGGAGUUGAAGUCCACAAGUCUUAAAAUUACCAAGUUUGAGGACCCCUGCUUUAGGAGAUUUGCAAAAAAAUCUUCCUCUUCCAAUUGGGGCAUAAGAGAAGGCAGUUUUAUAUUAUGCAGGUGGUGCAUAUUUUUUGACAGAUUUUGUUUUUGCUUGUAGGGUUCUUUUUCCAUUAUUCAUGUUUAGCUGCCUAUAACCUCUGGGAAUGGCUGUCCUUCAAGUAAAAUAAAUGAACAACCAACCAAAACUGCUGAAAAAUAUCACAAGAUGAAAGGAACGAUGGAAGAAAGCUUGGCAGCUAAUUAUCUAUCCUUUAACCACAAAUCCUAAGUGUACACCUAAUCCUAUCAGUGUCUUACUGUUACAGAAACAUCUUUACUACAUGUCCUUUUGCUUCCGAUCUGCUUCUAUAUAUGGAAAAACUGUAAAAUGCAUUCUUUGGGGGGGGGGUGGACAAAACGUCUCAAAAAUCUUGCUAGAAGUUGCUCAUCCUUCACAACCAUUUCAAGCUGUCAAAGACUAUGGCUAAAAAUACUAUUGUCAGAUUUUCUCAUAUUAAAGAAAGACCAAAGACAAAUUAGUUCAGCAACAAAUGGACUUAUAACUGAACAUUAUGGUCAAAUAACUUUCAACAUCUACAAAGUUUUCACCACUCCUCUACAAAAUAUUUUUUGGGAAAGAUUUGACUACUACUCUGGUGUCAUGCUCCACAUCUUUAAAAAAAUCUCCAAAUACUCCAGAUGGUCUUUCUGUUUUAAAGACUGCAGAUGGUAUUAGAAUAAAUGAGCUGCCUGUAAGAGAUUUUUCAAUUGUUAAUAAUUUAUUUUACCAAUUACAGAUUUGUUGGCAUUAGCAGGCAUAUGGAAUUUUGUAAAUAAAAAAAUGAGGUUGCUGGUCUAUUGCCUAGUGAUUACUUAUGCAAAAAUAAUUGAAAGGCGAAUAAAGUCUGGGUGCUUGAGAUUAUUUAUUAGUUUCCAUUUAAUAAGUGUAUUUGUUUUUCACACACUUGGGAAACCCAUGACUACUUUUAUUCAGUAAUCUAUGUUGAAUUGCUGCUUUCCUGCAGUAUGUGUUGGUGGUCCACAUUUUUCUAGUUCAGUGGAACAGUUUGUAGCUUCUAACAUUUUCAUAGAAUCCCUGGUCAUAUUUGGUUUCAGAAUAGCAGGCAAGUCUUUCAUCUUUAAGAAAAUAAUUCAGUGUAUGAUGAAGCCCCUGAUGCUGUGACCCAAGAUGAAAACUUAGCCUUACUAUACAUCAGACUAAUCUAUCUAGCCAGGGCUUUUUUUCUCAUAGAACGCCCAGAAUGGAGUUCCGGCAUCUUUUUUGGAUGGAACCUUUGUACAGUAGGCAAGGUGGAUUGUAUGAUGUGUGUGAGUUCCGGCACCUUUUUUUAAAGAAAAAAAGUACUGUAUCUAGCACAGGGUUCCCAACCCCCAAGCUGCAGCCCAUUACCGGGCCAUGGCCUAUUCAGAACCAGAUUAUGCAAAAGCAGGGGGGACUGCAGACACUCAGCUACACUGAGAAACUAUAUGUGUUGUAAAUCACCCAAAAUCACCUGAAAGCGAGACAGGUGGCAUAUAAAUUUAAUAAAUAGUAAUAUACAUGAAAAGGAUACUCUACCAAUAUACUACAGUUGUUCAAUUACAUUGUACCCAAUGUGUUUGAAUUUAUAUGCAUCCCUCUUGGUUUCACAAAUAUAGGCGAAAAGACUAGAAAAUCUAUGAUAAUAAAACACGGAUACUUAUAUGGCAGGGUUUUUUUUACUAUGUAUUACUAGUUUCAAAAGCUCAAGGUGAGCCUUGGUAAAGGAACAAUUAUGAAUUUUAAUAAUUUAUAAUUUAAUAAUGAGUCAUAUUUACUAUAGAAAUAUAACAGGGCAACAUCUUGAUUCACAAGUGCAUAUAAUUCCUUUCCUUGAACCAAAGUUCAGCUUAAAGAUUUGGAGACUGGAUUAAAGCAUAGUUAAAAAGUGUUCCUUCCUUUAAUUCAGUUUUCUACCUUGGAACAAAAAUCUCAAUACCAGAUGGUAACUGCUUGGAAUCAUACUUAUUUCAUUAAGUGCACAAAUCAUCUUUUCUACAGACCAAGAAUUUUAACAACUGAAAGUAGCACUAACAAAUUCAUUCCUAUACAGGAAUUUAAUCUCUUUAGGCAUUAUCUCUUAAUUCUAAGUUCACCACUUGAAUCACCACAUUUAUCAUAAAGUCAAAUAAUUUAAGAAUUUCUAUUUGAUUCAUGUUUUUGUAUGGUCUUCAGCUACAGCAUACAUGGUAGUCCAAAUUCAUGCACAUACAAAGUUAAGUUGAUCAAGGCAGCAGAGUUGGAAAUAGUUGAGCAGGAAAAAAAAAA